AUGGGAUUCAAAAUAAAUAUGCAAGUCUUUGUUUUUUCUAUCUUGAUUUUUCUCAUAAUCCCAACGCUAAUAGUUGCCGAAUGCACAUGCGAUGAGGAAGAUGAAGAUAGAAACAAAUCCAAAGCUCUUCGCUACAAGAUAGCAGCUUUAGUAUCAAUAAUGGUUGCAAGUGCAAUUGGUGUUUGUAUACCACUACUUGGAAAAGUGAUACCAGCUUUAAGUCCAGAAAAAGAUAUAUUUUUUGUCAUCAAAGCCUUUGCUGCUGGUGUGAUAUUAUCCACCGGUUUCAUUCACGUGCUCCCUGAUGCUUUUGAGAAUCUGACUUCGCCAUGUUUGAAGGAACAUCCUUGGGGUGAUUUUCCGUUCACUGGUUUUGUGGCUAUGUGCACCGCUAUGGGGACUCUAAUGAUUGAUACAUAUGCCACUGCUUAUUUUCAAAACCAGAAUUCUAGAAAAACACCGACACAAGUCAAGAAUCAUGAGUCAACCCCAGAUGUAGAGCAUGAAGGACAUGUGCAUGUUCAUACUCAUGCCUCACAUGGUCAUGCACAUGGCCAUAUUUCUUCGGAUCCAUCAUCAGAACUUCUUCGUCAUAGGGUUGUAUCACAGGUAUUGGAGUUGGGAAUUAUUGUUCAUUCGGUCAUAAUAGGAAUUUCACUGGGUGCUUCAGAGAGUCCUAAAACCAUAAGACCGCUGGUAGGUGCAUUGACUUUUCAUCAGUUCUUCGAAGGCAUGGGACUUGGAAGUUGUAUAACUCAGGCAAAUUUCAAGAGUUUAUCAAUUACAAUUAUGGGAUUGUUCUUUGCUUUGACAACUCCGGUAGGUAUUGGAAUUGGCAUAGGGAUCAGUAGUGUUUAUGAUGAGAACAGUCCAACAGCCCUUAUAGUUGAAGGAGUCUUCAAUGCAGCUUCAGCUGGGAUCUUAAUCUAUAUGGCACUUGUAGAUCUUCUUGCUGCUGAUUUUAUGAAUCCAAGGAUGCAAAAGAGUGGUAAACUUCGAUUAAGCUGCAAUGUAUCUCUUCUAUUAGGAGCUGGUGCUAUGUCUCUUAUAGCUAAAUGGGCUUGA